GUCUCUAAAGACUUUUAGUUCAAGAAAUGGAAGUCGGAGAGUCUACAGAGUAUUCGGAUGCAGUGACCGUAAGCACUAUGUCUAUGGGACAGGCUAGUUCAGGUAGAUAAGGCAGACAACGAUUUUACAGAAUGUCAAGAUCAGCCUUUAGCUCUGGCUAUUCAACAUGGAGACAGCGACGUCAGUCCCGUUCCAAGUCUCGAUCACGAGGUCCAAUAUCACGUCAGUCUCGACCUCUGUACGAGGCUCCUCGUCUGCUUCGACUACACAUCAGUCGGAACCACAAGGGCUACGUGGAGUUGAAUUUAUCAGGCCAGAGCUUAUAUACUCUUCCCCAAGACAUCUGCUAUUUUACACGUCUCGAGGUUUUAAACGUAUCCCACAACUCCCUGAGUGAAGUUCCAGCCUCUCUUGCACGUCUCCGUGGGUUACGGAUUCUACUUUUACAGGAAAACAAAAUACAGAUGAUACCGGACACCAUCACAAACUGUACCCAUCUCACUGAGAUCAACUUAACACGGAACAAACUCUCAAAUCUCCCCAGGAAUAUAGAUGCAUUGAAAAAUCUUCGUAUUCUAAAACUAGGACAAAAUGAAUUUGUGAGUCUACCUCAUGAUGUUGGACAGCUACAAAACCUGACAUAUCUUGAUCUCCAAGGAAACCGAAUUUGGUAUUUGCCAUUUUCAAUGCAUGGUCUUCGAAAAUUGAAAUUCCUGAAUCUUGCAGAUAAUAAAUUUGAGCAUCUACCAAUUCCUAUCUGUCAAGUUUCAUCAUUGAAACUGUUAAAUCUGAAAGGAAACAGCCUGAAGAAUUUAUCUCCAGAUUUUGAAUCUCUGAAAAAUCUCCGUGAGUUGAAUUUGAGCUACAACAAAUUUGAUACAAUACCAGGUAUAGUGUAUAGGUUAAAAGAGCUGCGAUUCCUCAACAUCGCUGCCAAUGACAUUAAAUACAUUCCUCAUCAUGUACAAGGUUUACCAAACCUUCACAUACUCCACAUACAGGGAAACAGACUGUCCAACUUGCCAAAUUCUUUCAAGAAUCUACAAUACCUAAACAUGGCCAACAAUUGUCUGUAUAAUGUGUCGUUGGUGGGGAUGACUCGACUCAAAAAUCUCAACGCCAGCAACAACUUCCUGGAGAAUAUCCCAAUGGGUGUUUACACUCUGACGAAGCUGGAGAUUCUUCGUCUGAACAACAAUCAGAUCAAAUAUGUAUCACAGGAUCUUACCCAUCUGAAAAAUCUUCGUGUGUUAGAUCUGGGAAAUAACAAGUUAGUAAGUUUCCCACAGGUUAUCGAUCAGAUGCAUCGCCUCGACUACUUCAAUGUGAAGGGCAAUCAGAUUAAACACCGCAUCACAUUGCAGUACGGCGAGAUUCCAGCCAAUCAGGACGACAUGAUGGACAACCGUCACAUGUACGCCAGCAAACGUAACCCUUACCAGGACAACAACCGCCAUUUAUACAAGCCAAAGAAACGUGACAAAUCUCCGAGCACCAGGUCACCGACUAUGCUAGAUUUAAACAACUCCCAGGAUCUUGAUGAACUACUGCUCAAUGGCUUCUCGCGCAAACACAUUGAGAACAACUCUGAGUCUGUCAUGUGGAGAGACAAUAAAAAUAAGGGAAAUAAGGUGGACAAAGAACCACUUAAAAACAUCCUACAGCACAUCGCAGAUCUGGACGCAGCCGAGGGACAAAACCAUACCUCAGCUUCAGAUGGUGAGACAGACUUCAGGCUACUUGGGAUAUGUAACCAGCUAGAGAUGCUGCUCAACAAACAGCUGCUGCAACCCGUACUAUCUAUACGGGAGCAUCCUACAGGGAAAAGUUUCAGCGACAAGAGUAUUGUUCCUGUAGCCGAUGGGGUGUGGCGUUUAAGUGAUAACAAAUCUCCUGAAGCUGUGGGUGUGAUCAUGUCCCGGACCGAAAGCUUUACUGUCAAGCCUUCUGGUGGCGAAUUUGUGUCAACUGUUGACCCCAAAGUCAACAUCAUUGUGCCUAACAAAUGUGUAUCUGUCCCACUGGAGGUCAAUCUGAAGAUCAUUAAAGUGGAGAAAGCUAUGCUGGACUCCCUACAAGAGGACAACAGAAUCAUCAGUAACAUACUGGCGAUCGGACCAAUUAUGUUUUUGAAGACUGACGAAAAAAUUGAUCUAAACAGUUUGGUUACCAUGACAAUCCCCUCUCCUGAGAGUACACCACAUGAACAGAAAGGAUACCUCCACAUAUUGACAAUCAACGGGGACAACUCAUGUAGUCCUAACUCCUCCGGGUACCAGAUUACACAUGGAUGUAUACGGCUCAACACGUGGCAUUUAUCUGGGAAAACAGUGAUCCUUGCCAAAGCCAAAUGUAAGUACAAGGCCUGCAGUGCUGUAGAGAACCUCCUAAAAUGCAUGUUCCAUGUGCCGGUCAAAUUCUGAUGAAACCUGCAGGAUGAUCUUAAGCUUCAGGGCCAGUUCCAUCAAUGCUAAAACUACUCUGCCAAACUUUUGUGAUUUCAAAUAUUUCUUAAUGAAAUUGAAUCCAGAAAUUUGAGGACUUCAGUUCUAUGCCAUUGUUAUAUAUAUUUCCUGUAUAUGAUUGAAGAUUCAGAUGUCAGAUUCAAACUUGAUCCAAUGUCAACCAAAUUUCUCUUAUUUUCCAUGUUUGUCAGGUCACCAUUUACAUCUUUUAAAGGAUUGCGCAAAAAACAAAACCAAGAUUGUUUUCAAACGAUAAUGAAAAAUCUAAGAACUGAACAGGGCUUUUUCUCACUAUUUUGGGAAAGGGCCUUUUUGUCUCAUUUUGGGAAGAAAAUUGGUGAAUUGGGAAAGAUUUUUUCAGGAAUAAACUGCAAAUUUUGGGAAUUUGGCUUCAAUAUGAAAUAAUUUCAAUUGGGAAUGGGGCCCAUUAAUGGCCCCAAAAAUCCCCCAGAAAAAGCCCUGCUGAAAAUUAAUUUUCCUGAUGAAAUAUAAUCCUUUAUUAUGUUAAUAAAUUCAACAAUGAACAUGCUUAUUUCAGACAGACUGACACUGCACCUGAAGAGUAGAUAUUCUUACUGAAAUAUGUUAUCUUGUACAGUAUUGAAAUAUUUUAUGAUGCAUAAACGUUUGCUUGUUUUUAUUGAAUAUAUUAAAUCAAAACACAUUUAAAACAGCUUUU